GGCAGGUUUAAAAAAUGGCUGAAGAUGGCAGUGAUGAAACUAUGUUUAUUUGGUGCGAGGACUGUGGGCAGUACCAUGAUUCAGAGUGUCCUGAGCUGGGCCCAGUGGUGACAGUCAAAGACUCCUUUGUAUUGAGCAGGGCAAGAUCAUCUCUGCCUUCUAAUUUGGAGAUAAGACAACUGGAGGAUGGGACUGAAGGAGUAUUUGCUCUGACUCAGCUAGUGAAACGUACCCAGUUUGGCCCAUUUGAAUCCAAGAGAGUUGCCAAGCUGGAAAAAGAAUCAGUUUUUCCCCUGAAGGUGUUCCAGAAGGAUGGGCCCCUGGUGUAUUUUGACACCUCAAAUGAAGAUGAUUGCAACUGGAUGAUGAUGGUGCGACCAGCCACCGAAUAUGAGCAUCAAAACUUAACUGCCUUCCAGCAUGACAAUGAUAUUUACUUCACCACCUCCCGGGACAUCCCACCAGGAACUGAGCUGCGAGUGUGGUAUGCAGCUUUUUACGCCAAAAAAAUGGAAAAGCCAGUGCUGAAGCAGGUCACUAGUAUUGCCAAUGAUAUGUGCCUGGUAGUGAUGGAAUCUGAUAAAGAGGGGAAUAAAAUCUCUUCAAAACCUUCGUCUACUAUCUUCCCCCAUAAAAAAACGAAGAAAUCCAGCAUACCAGCAGCUGAUUCAGCAGUGAACACUCCAGAAGGCAGUGGAGCUGCAGAAGCAGAGUCCAGCCAGUGGACGUGUAAAGUGUGUUCAUCUGCUUUCCAGGAGCCUCAGCUGCUGACAGAGCACUUGCUGAGUCACCUGGAACAAGCUAAAGGUGCCCCCCAAACCAGCCAAAAUGAGGCUGUUGCUGAGAAAGCAGCGGAGGCUCCCCCGGUGGAUCAGCCAGUGAUUUGUGAUGCAGCCAGUGCCAGUACAGACUCAAGGAGGAAGGCCAGGCGGGGAAGAAAGCCCAAAACAGCAAAAGCAGAAACACCUCUUGUCGUCGUUGAAGAGAAAGACUCUGCAGCGGAACGUGUAGCUGACGUUGUAACUGAGGUCCCACCAGAAGAGGUAGCCCUGCCUUCAGCUGCAGAAGAGAGAAUUAUGGAAUUGGUUUUAGGAAAGAUGCCUAGCACCACAAAUAGCAUGAGUUCAGUGACAAAUAGGUUUGCUCAUCACCAAAACACCAUGUCCCUCAAAAGAAGUUUAAUUCUCUCCAGUAGACAUGGUAUACGGCGGAAGCUGAUAAAACAACUUGGGGAGCACAAGCGAGUCUAUCAAUGCAGUAUCUGCAGUAAGAUCUUCCAGAACAGCAGCAACCUCAGCAGGCACAUCCGUUCUCACGGUGACAAACUAUUUAAAUGUGAGGAAUGCGCAAAGCUGUUCAGCCGUAAAGAGAGCUUGAAGCAGCAUGUUUCAUACAAGCACAGCAGGAACGAAGUUGACAGUGAGUACAGAUACAAGUGCACCACAUGUGAGAAGGCCUUUCGGAUAGAGAGUGCGUUGGAAUUCCAUAACUGCAGGACAGAUGACAAGACAUUCCAGUGUGAGAUGUGUUUCAGAUUCUUUUCUACAAACAGUAAUCUUUCAAAACACAAGAAAAAGCAUGGGGAUAAGAAGUUUGCAUGUGAAAUCUGCAAUAAGAUGUUCUACCGGAAGGAUGUCAUGCUAGACCAUCAAAGACGACACUUGGAAGGGGUGAGGCGUGUGAAAAGAGAAGACUUUGAGCACAGCACGGAAAACAUGGUUCGCUACAAGAAGGAGCCUUCGGGAUGCCCCGUGUGCGGGAAGGUAUUUUCAUGUAGGAGCAAUAUGAACAAACACCUUUUAACACAUGGAGACAAGAAAUACACUUGUGAAAUCUGUGGACGUAAAUUUUUCAGGGUGGAUGUGUUGAGAGAUCACAUUCAUGUCCAUUUUAAGGACAUAGCACUAAUGGAUGAUCACCAGAGAGAAGAGUUCAUUGGUAAAAUUGGAAUCUCAUCAGAAGAAAACGAUGACAACUCUGAUGAAAGUGCAGAUUCUGAGCCUCACAAGUAUAGCUGCAAAAGGUGCCAGUUGACGUUCGGCAGAGGGAAGGAGUACCUGAAGCACAUAAUGGACGUGCACAAGGAGAAAGGCUAUGGCUGUAGCAUUUGUAACCGACGUUUUGCCUUGAAGGCAACUUACCACGCACACAUGGUCAUUCAUCGGGAAAACCUGCCUGAUCCUAACGUGCAGAAAUACAUCCAUCCAUGUGAAAUCUGUGGAAGGAUUUUUAACAGUAUAGGAAAUCUGGAAAGACAUAAGCUUAUACAUACAGGUGUAAAAAGUCAUGCUUGUGAGCAAUGUGGCAAAUCAUUUGCUAGAAAAGACAUGUUAAAAGAACAUAUGCGAGUCCAUGAUAAUAUCCGAGAAUACUUGUGUGCAGAAUGUGGCAAAGGAAUGAAGACAAAACAUGCACUUCGUCACCACAUGAAACUUCACAAAGGGAUUAAAGAAUAUGAAUGCAAGGAAUGUCACCGAAAAUUUGCACAGAAAGUCAACAUGCUGAAGCAUUACAAAAGACACACGGGAAUCAAAGAUUUCAUGUGUGAGCUCUGUGGCAAGACGUUUAGUGAGAGAAAUACAAUGGAGACUCAUAAGUUGAUUCAUACAGUAGGAAAACAGUGGACAUGUUCAGUCUGUGAUAAGAAAUAUGUCACUGAUUACAUGCUACAGAAGCACAUCCAGCUCACUCAUGAUAAGGUAGAAGCCCAGAGCUGUCAGCUGUGUGGGACAAAGGUUUCUACCAGAGCGUCCAUGAGUCGACAUAUGAGGCGUAAACAUCCAGAGAUUCUUUCGGUAAGGAUUGAUGAUUUAGAGCAGCUGCCAGAGACGACUACCAUUGAUGCCUCCUCAAUUGGGAUUGUUCAGCCGGAAUUAGCCUUGGAACAGGGAGAAUUACCAGAAGGGAAGCAGCAUAUGAAAGCUCCUAAACGUGGCCAGAAACGAAAACAAAAGUCAGGUGAGGAGGAGGAAGCUCAAGUGCCUGAGGACCCUGCCUUCAGUGAAUACACAGAGAAGGAAGGUGAAUUCACAGGGAAUGUUGGAGAUGAGACUAAUUCAGCUGUGCAGAGCAUCCAGCAGGUGGUGGUGACCCUUGGUGACCCAAAUGUCACAGCCCCUUCCAGUUCUGUCGGGCUGACAAAUAUCACUGUUACCCCCAUUACGACGGCAGCUGGAACCCAGUUCACAAACCUCCAGCCAGUGGCUGUGGGCCAUCUGACUGCACCUGAACGCCAGUUACAGCUGGACAACUCAAUUCUCACCGUGACGUUUGACACCGUCAGUGGUUCCGCCAUGCUGCACAACCGCCAAAAUGACAUUCAGAUCCAGCCGCAGCCAGAGGCAGCCAAUCCUCAGUCUGUGGCCCACUUUAUAAACCUGACCACCUUGGUGAACUCCAUUGCUCCUCUAGGGAACCAGAUAACGGAACAGCAUCCUCUGACAUGGAGGUCAGUGCCGCAGACUGAUGUCUUGCAGCCCCAGGCACAGCCAACGCAACAGCAGUCAGGACAGCAACAGGUUCAAACAGAGCAACAACAACAGAUGUAUAGCUACUAAUUUAUACGUUGAAAAGUUUUGACAUGGACAGUACUUAGAGACAAGAACACAGAGACGUUUGGAAAAUUUCCAAUAGGAUUGUUUGCUGGAGACCAAACAGAUGGGAAAAUGUUUAUACAAUGAAAUGUAAGCUAAAAUUGGCAUAGCACCCUGCAACACCCUAACCUUGAGAUUGUCACGCUGUCUCUAGACCUUGCACUGUCUUAAAAAAAAGAAAAAGGAAAAAAAUUUGACCGUAAAUUUAGCACCCCCUUGCACUGUGUAUUUUGUGCAGUAAGAUUGAGAUUUGACAGGAGCAUCAUAAUACAUCUUAACCAAAGCAGGGAAAUCCUAAAUAUUACGGCACUGGUGAUUUACAAAACCCUUUCAGCCAUACCAUGUCACUUUUUUCCAGUCUGGAAAUUACAUAUGAAGACCUUGUUCAUGGUGAGGUGGAAUGCACUUGUGGUCAGCUGGUAGAGACUGAAAUGUAAAGACGCAAAUGGGCAAAACAAUAAUCGUCUUGUUUUUUAUCUUCUUUAGGUCUUGUAUCUAACAACAUUGGUAAAGUAGGUGGAGGUUGGGACUUUGGGGUGGGGAUGAGUGCGGUGUGGAAGAAAAUACACCAAUUUCACACAGUAUUUCCAUUUUAGUCAUGGGAGAAACCCUAUACCCAUAACACAGUGUUAGUGCUACUUGAAUCAGAUAGCUGGUCUAAUGCUAAAGCAACUUUUAUGGUCUUCUAGUCAAGUUUGAAUCAAACCAGUUAUGAACUGAAAAAAGAAUGUGAUACAGUUUUAUGUAAUUUUUCAAAACUGCUCUUUCAAUCUUGCUUUUAGCUAAUAGGCCUGAAGAGCAAUCGGUCCCCUUUGAUGAAGUUCAGGAUGUGAAUUUUUUUCAAUUAGUCUUCUUUCAUCGUGUAAUAAACAUUUGAGAAAACAUUCUUUUUAUAUAUAUAUACACACACACACACAGAGAGAGAGAGAGAGCGCCUUUGUACUUUACUGUGUGUUCCUGGUAUUUGUGUGAAAAACACUGUUAUCAAUAUGAUACAUUAAUUUUUUCAUCCCCGUAUUGCCCUUUCUCACAGAAAUAAUGUAUGGAUUCUACUCCUUCUGUUUCCAAAACCAUUUCCAAAAUUCAUAGCCACACAAGAGUGUGUGAAAUGCAAGAAAAAAGAAUGUCUGAAGCAUAUUCUGCCACAUGGAGGCAGUAUGCCCUAGUGUAUAAUGGGCAAGGUUUGCAUGACUACUGGGGAUAUAAAUAGUGGGUUGGGUCAAAUACACAAUUGCUGAUACUACACUUCCAUUCCAUUCUCCAUACAUUGAUGUGCAGUCUGGACUUUUGCACGUCAAGAAGAUAGUAUCUUUCCCACAGAGAAAAAGCAGCUGAUAUCAAAAAGGAAUAAACUAAAAAAAAAAUGUUGCUGCCUGGAAUCCUGAACAGCAAAUCUGUCCUUCCAGCUAUGGCUGAAGAACAAGGUCCUUUGGGGCAGAAGACUGAGCCACAGAACCGUGCUGAAGGUUUUUGCUGAGGAUAAAGCAGCUGCUGUGUUUGACAGUGAAGAUAGAUUGAUGGUUGUAAAAAUCCUGUCUGUGCCUAUCGUAUUUAUGAAAAUGUUCUAUGUAUUAGCAAAAAUAUGAGUAGGAGUGACUUCAGCUUUGAAAGUCUGUAUUAACAUGGACUACUUGUCCCCUAAAGGAUGCCUUAUAAUCUCUACCACAAAUUCUUCCAAAGUAUAAAUGUCUGGAUAUUAAAAUUAACCUCUGAUGGUUUUCUUGGUGCCAUAGCAGUGUCCAGAGGCUCACUAUGCUAGGCUCUGUGUAAAGCUUAGUUGCAACAGGACAUGUGUAGGAAAGGGGUUUCUGGUGACAGAUUUUGUGUGUCAGAGGAGCAGAACUACUUUUCUGUAAAUGUCAACAAGCCUAUAAAAUGUCCACAUGGGAGGGACCUAUAUUUGAUGGGACAAAGAUGUGCAUCAGAAAGAGAAAAUACCUUUUA